GCUAGCUAGCUACACUACAGUCUUCUACUUCAGCUUUCAGUGUUCGGGAUUUAGUUGAAGACUAGUAAUAAAUUGCUCGUAUAAUGUUUCAGAAUUUGAUGACGUGUAGAUCCAGCCUGGCAGGAAUGGCUCGUUCUACAACAUCUCGAAAAUCAUUCGGUUACACAUCCAGAGAAAAUUCCUUUAAAAAAAGUUUGUCUCCUAAACUUUCCUCCAAUGUGAAAGAUGUCUCGUUUCGUUUUUAUUCAAAUCCAACUCGAAGGACAGGCUUUUUUAAUCAGUUGGUGGAGAAUAUUAAACAGGACAUGCAAAAGAAUAAAGAAAUGAAGGAAUCGCUCAAAAAAUUUCGCGAAGAAGCAGAAAAACUCGAACAAUCUGAGGCUUUACGUUCCGCGAGGCAGAAAUUUCAAACAGUCGAGUCCGAAGCUAGCAAGGGAUCUGAAGUUUUAAAGGAAAAAUUCGGCACUAUCAAAGAAAAAGUCCAAGAAGCAGUGGAGGGAGUCAGCAAAACAGAGUUGGGGAAAAAGGCGGGACAAAUUGGCGAGGAAAUUUCAAAAACUGCUAAAGGUGCAGCAGAAUCAAUUUCAGAGACAGGUCAGGUGCUUGGGAAAACAGGUGCAUUUCAAAAAAUAUCAAAGACUGCAGUAGCUGUUCAAAAAGAACUGGACCAGCACGGUAUUCAAGGUCACGUCUAUGUACCUCUAAAGACAUUAAGAAAGCGGAAAGAGAUCUCGGAGAGCCAUCAAAAUGUCGAGGCUAACACAGAAGCUACAGGCGUGGAACUUCAUAAAGAUUCUAAAUUCUAUCAGUCGUGGCAGAAUUUCAAAGAUAAAAACCCCUAUGUUAAUAAAGUUCUGGAUUGGAAAAUCAAGUAUGAGGAGUCGGACAAUCCUGUGAUCCGUGCGUCGAGGCUACUCACAGAUAAAGUAACGGAUUUGGUGGGCGGACUUUUUCAGAAAACGGAACUCUCAGAAACUCUCACUGAGAUCUGUAAAAUUGAUCCGAAUUUUGAUAAGGUUCAGUUUGUAAAGGAUUGUGAGACAGACAUUAUUCCAAACAUUUUGGAAGCAAUGAUCAAAGGAGAUUUGGAAAUUUUAAAGGACUGGUGUCACGAAGCUCCAUUUAAUCUAUUAGCACAACCUCUGAUGCAAGCAACCAAAUUAGGAUAUCGUUUGGACAGUAAGCUUUUAGAUAUUGACAAUGUAGACCUUGUAAUGGGCAAAGUUAUGGACCAGGGUCCAGUCUUGAUUAUCAGCUUCCAAUCUCAACAGAUCAUGUGUCUGAGGGACGCAAAGAACAACGUUGUAGAAGGAGAUCCUGAGAAGGUGAUGCGUGUAAAUUACGUCUGGGUUUUAUGUCGAGACCCUACGGAACUAAAUUCCAAUGCUGCUUGGCGACUUUUGGAUCUCAGUGCAAAUAGUUCAGAACAACUCAUGUAGUGCAGCAAUACAACGCUUGAAUUACUAAGAUUUGAAUUAUCUUAAAUAACGGGUCAAUCGAACUUUGUAUUAGAUUUAUUUUUAUUUUUAUAAUGGUUCAAAUUGAAUGAGAAAAUAGGCAAGGAUGAUGAUAAAAGAUAUAAUUUAGCAAACAAUUUAGUAGUUUAUAAUUCGAGCAUUAUUGCUUCAUUUUCUGUUUUAGUGAAAAAUAACUAGAAAAAAUGUUUUAUUUAUGGAUUAAAUAUGCGUCCGAGUUGGCAAACAAAUUUGUACAGCGACUGAGACCGAGAGUGCUCAAUGUAAAUUUCAUUACUCGUAAGUUGAAAGAUGGUAUUAUAUAAAUGUAUCGUGUAGAGGUGCACAUUUAUUGUGAAUAAGAAAAUCGUAACUAUACAUUGUAAAUAUAAUGACUCAUUCUGUAGAGUCUCGACAGAGAAUAGUUAUCUUUUUUAAUCCGAAUGAAAUUCAAAUUGAAUACAAGUAAGAUGAAUAAAAAAGACAUUAUUA